AUGGCUAGUGGGAGUCCGCAAAAUGUCAUCCGCAGGAAGCUCGUCAUCAUCGGAGAUGGUGCCUGCGGCAAGACAAGUCUGCUCAGCGUCUUCACACUUGGUUAUUUCCCUACAAUUCCCACCGUCUUCGAAAACUACGUAACCGACUGCAGAGUAGAUGGCAAGUCCGUGCAGCUUGCUCUGUGGGAUACGGCCGGCCAAGAAGACUACGAACGCUUACGACCCCUUGCCUACUCCAAGGCGCAUGUCAUCCUAAUAGGCUUCUCCGUCGAUACGCCCGAUUCUCUUGACAAUGUCAAACACAAGUGGAUUGAGGAAGCUACUCGCCUUUGCGAAGGAGUACCGAUCAUACUCGUCGGAUUAAAGAAAGAUCUGCGCGAUGAUCCCGUUGCCAUCGAGGAGAUGCGCAAAAAAUCAUUGCGAUUCGUCACUGCGCACGACGGCGAGGGCGUCGCUCGAGAGAUUGGCGCUAAGAGAUAUCUCGAAUGCUCCAGUUUGAGUGGAGAGGGCGUUGAUGAUGUGUUUGAGGCGGCUACCCGAGCGGCUCUCCUCACAUUCGAGAAGGGGGAGAGCACAGGCUGUUGCGUUGUUCUGUAG